CCAAAGAUUGGAUUAAACGAAAAGAAAAACCAUAAAAUAAGAGUAUUUCACAAACCAAAGGAAGAACGACGCCAUUUGACUUCCAAUCCAAUUCCUUACAGCGGGUCAACCCGGCGAGUAUAUACAACCUAAUUUUCUCAUCGAGUCAGGAUCAAAGUGGACCAACGUAAAUGUACAACCCAUUUUUCUCAUUGAAUCAGGGUCAAAAUUACCCAACUUGUUGUAAGCAAGAUAGGGCAAAAAAUGGCCCAAACCCCACCUUUAACAAUGACAAAUAUUUACCCUCUUCUAUAUGGGCUAAUUCUUUUCGUCGUGCCCUCUUCUUUCGGCGGUAAAACCGGUCAAGCCACCUUUUCUAUGUGAAUGCAUACUGCAACACAUGUUACACAUCAACAGACUUUCUGUGGAGCAUAAUCUAAAACCAGUGAUUCAGAUCUAAUUCUUGAUUGAUAAAGGCAAAUGGAUUGAUUCUAAGAAAAGGUAGAUCCAGCCAGCAUCUCCAAGUUUUGAUCUAUAGGAGCUAUCGUCUGCCUACUUAUAGAUGUUUUGGGCAUUGUGGUUCAUCUUGGGGGUGUAGCUCAUAUGGUAGAGCGCUCGCUUCGCAUGCGAGAGGCACAGGGUUCGAUUCCCUGCACCUCCAUCCUAUUUUACUUUUAUUUUGUCAAACCGAACUCAUUCAUACGAAACUUGAUGUUUGCACAAGUCUGGAGUACCAUGUGUUAAACAAAUGCAGUCGUCGAAAGUGGAACAAAAGGUGUCACGGCCAUAGAAUGCUCUAAUACGGUGUCAUUGUUGAAGGUCAUAGAAAGCUCUAAUACAGUGUCAAGAACCAAUUGAUUUCAAUAACUAGAGUUGUUGAAAUAUAUUUAGUAUCAUAUCUUAAACCAUUUACUAACAAUCAAAAUCACUUUACUUUAUAUCAAACGGGCAACUUAAAUGAACAUCCUGUAUCGUGAAAAGAAUAGAGGCCAGAACCGGCAACCUUUAGUAUCAUAUCUUAAACCAUUCACCAAUACUUUAUAACAUAAUAAUAGAAGUCCUCAUUCCAAGUAGGGGUGUUCAAACGGUGUGGUUACCGUGGUAACCGUUUUAGCCGGUAGUAUUUGACUAAUUUGGUUUGGUUAAUUUGGAUAAUUGGUUUGGUUUGGUUCAAAAAUUUAGCUUGUUUGGUUUAGGUGGUUUGGUUUGAUUUCAGACACUCCUAAGUCCUAACCAAUCAAACCAAAUUAAUCAUUUAAGUAAUUAUCCAUAUAUCUAAUACACAUUAUAUACAAAUACUUAAUACUUGGCAUAACCACUCAACAGCCAAACAUUCCUUUUUUUUAGACUCAUCAAUAAUAAAGCUCAAUAUUGUUCUUAUACGGUGUAUUUGUAUUUGUAGAGUGCAUACUAUAAUAAUUAUAUUAGAUGAACGCCCAAUAUAUUAGAUGAAAACUUGAAAUGAAUGUCUUUUUCAACCUAUGAUAGUUGCUAAGAGAUCAUUUCAAUUCAUAAAAUCACAACAAUCAAUUAGCUCCAUACUAUUGACAUGUAUUUUUGUUAGGUGAAUACUUCUAUUGAUUGUAAGAUAAUUGUAUUAGUUGAAUACUCAAUGCCAUUCAUCAUAUAAAUUAUUCAUUGAUGCAUUAACAAAAAAAAUAUGACUUAAUGAUAAUGUUAUGUUAUAUUGGUUAAUCUUGUUAACCAAUUAAUCAAAUCGAUUAAACUUUAGUUUGGUUAAUUUGAUUGUUGUAUUAGUUUGGACGGUUUGAUAAUAAUAUUUUAUUCCAUGAUUACUAAAUUUUUUGUUGAUUUGAUAAUUAUUAUUAUUAUAACCAUCCAAACACCCCUAAUUCCACAUACUCAUACAAAACUUAACAUCAUCUCCACAAACACACGAAAAAAAAAAACACUAUUUAAUCCCUUACAUAUAUGUUUUCGCUAGUAUUCCCACAUACCCAGUUUUAGCCGCACUAAGUGGAUUUUUUCCCACGAAAUAUCACCAUUAAUUUUUUUUCAAAAAUACCACUUUUCCGAAAUUUUUUCAAAAUGUCACCAUUUUAUGAAAAUCACUGCAUGGGAAGGCGGUUUGUUCAUGAAACGCUUGGUACACAGGCAAUUUGUAUUCCAUCACAAACCACACCCUCUAUGGGUGGUUCUAUGAUUGACCAAGAUGAAGAUCGCUUUUUAAAAUGACGGUUCUUUAUCAGCAAAAAAAACCGCUUCCUUACCAGGUGGUUUGAGCUGACGACACAUGUACCGCUUGGUGGGGGGGUGGGGGGUGGGGGGGGGGGGGUUGCAUGUAGUCUCCAUCCCUCGACAGCGGACAUGUCGGCAUGCAGGGGGUUGCAGACGUGGGGUUGCAUGUCAGGUGAAAACCGCCUCUCCUCCAGCGGUUUUCAGUGUACAUUCUCCCUAUAAAAAGCAGCUCUGGAAACCUCAGCUCUUCACCUCUUUCCUUAUUCUUCUUCAAAUUUCUCAUUAGCACCCUACUUUUUUUUUGAGUUUUUGCGAUUAAUGUUACUUCGUAAGUUUGUUUUGUAUUACUAUUUAUUGUGAUUUUUUAUUUUUAUGAUAUUAAUUUAGUUACAAUUUUAUUUGCAUAUGACAUUCCAAAAGUCCACGCUUGUGUUACGGUGAAAUGGUGAUACCGUGAUAUGGAAGAGACGAAAAGGGGACACUAAAAGUUUGUAUUGUUGUAUUAUCCACCACAUCACAUCCCAUGGCUUGGCAUUUGUCAGUUGUCACCCUCAAACACCAACUUGCUCUCACUUUUUCUAAAACAAAACACAAUUAUAAACACCCAAUUUGUAUUAUUCUUAUCUAUUUAAUCUAUCCGUUCAAUAAUACUUUAAUUAUUGCUUUAUUUGUUGGGCACUAGUUUUCAACAACGACACUCUGCUAAAAACCAGAUCAUCCCUAACCCCUCGAGUUUAGAGACGAGGACCUGAUUUUUUUGCGAUAAUCUGGUUAACCGUACGAUUCUCACGAUGUGACUGUAUUAAUGUGGUAGUGUUUUUUUUUUUUUUUACAAAUUCCACGACGUGCAUUUUUUUAACCAUCGAAAAAUCUCAGACCACACAAAUUUGACCGGUGUCACCUUGUUGUGAGGGUAUUAGAUGAUUUUAUUAUUAACUGGGAAGGAAGGGGCAGUUUUUAGGUGCACCGGUAAAAAAAAAGAAAAAUAAACUUGCAAGUAACGCUUUGGGUGAUGUAACUCGGUGACCGUCGCUCAGUGGGUGAAAAAGAGCACGGUCACCGUCAAUUGCCGGCGACUGGACCCCACCGCCGUCCACCGACAUUCUCCCAUUUAUUCCGGUCACUGUCCGUACCGUCCCCGAUCAAAUAUAAAAUAUCACGAUUCAAAACAAAAUCCCUCCCAAUUUCCAUUUCUACCACUCUGAUCUUUCCCCGCUUCCUUCCGUCGGCCGACAGAGAGGAAGCCGCCGAUCCCGAAGCGCACUGCGGAAUUCUCCUUCCUUCUUCCGCCGCUGUCAAUCAACGAGCGACAUUUGCGUUUUUCAAGCCUAAGCCAGGCGGUCCUCUGCCAACUGCGGCGGUCAGUUUCUCUCUUUUCUCUCUCUCUCUGCCUUUUGCGCUGAACAGCCUUUUCCGGUUGUCGUUUUGUGCGGUUGCGAUCGCUGGUCCCCGUUUGUUUGUUUGUUUGUUUUUUUUUGCGCGGUUUUGUAUGACAGCGACGAGUUUCGUUCGUGGUGGUAGUGUAGAGGAAGAAUGAUUUUGGAGUGAGUUUUCGCUUUCGUUAAUCCGCUCGCUUGGCCUUCAGCGGAGAGCCUUGUUUCAUGGAGGUUUCUCGGUCACUUUCUUUUUUCAUGAACUAGCGUUUUAGCCCGGCCAAUGGCCGGGAGGUGUCUGCAUAUUACUUCGAGAAUAUUGCAUUUUUAUGAUUUCAAUACAGGUUUAUCAAAGUUUAAUUUAGGUAAACUAAUUUCUAAACUGACAUUUAUAUGAUAUUUUAUAUUUAAUAUAAGGAAUGCAUGUUUGCAAGCGAUGAUAUUAAACUCUUAAUCCAAAAAUAUUGUAUAUGUACUAAAUCUAUCGUGAACAUACCUUAAAAAUUCUCAUUCUUUAAUUAUCAUGUCAAUUUAUGAUGGUUAAACUCUUUAAUAUCGACCCAAUCUUUUGGGGAGGAUGUCUAUAAUUUUUUGUUUUAUUGUUUUAGUGAACUGGUUGUUUAUCAAGUUUCAAUGUAGCUUCUUAUGUAAGGAUUUGUUAACAAAUAUUCAAAUUUAUU